GUAUGAUGUGUUACGUUUCGUGUAUUAAUUUGUGGAUGUCCAUCACCCAUUUCCUAUGAUAUGUUACGAAUUUGUAAAAUGUACUAUAAUGUUACGAAUGAUCACAACAUACAAUAUGUUACGGAUUUUCAAAAUGUAUUACAUGUUACAAAUUUGUAAGACGUACAAAUGUUGAGAAUUUGAUAUGUUACAAAUUCUGUCCAGAUGGCUAACAUUAGCCAGCUGGCUAACAUUAGCUAGUAUGGAGGUUAAGUUUAGGAGUUAGGUUAAAGGGAUAGAGGAAGGGUUAGCUAAAAGUUUUGGCGAAGGAUUAGCUGACAUGCUAAGUAGUUGCAAACUAGCUAAAAAGUAUUAAGUAGUUGAACAGUUGCUAAUUAGCUCAAAUGCUGAAGUUAGCCUUGAUGAGAUUUAACCUCUCAAAUCGUUGGGUUAAUUUUGCCUUAAAUAACCAUCUAUCUUAUGUAACCAGACCAAAUGUAACAUAUGAUACUAAUUUGAGUGUCAUGGAUUUACGUUUGCUAUGUUACGUUUAGUCUAUGAGACCAGGCUGCCUUCUCUCUUUCUCUACCUCCACCCCCCCUCUCUCAAAUUUAUUCUCCCUGGUCCUCUACUGAUAUGUGUUGGCUGGUGUGUUUUGUAUUAUUGGCUGCAUUUAGGAUUACAGCAGGUCACUGGAGAUGGCACUACCACGGCACAAAGGGAUUUGUUUUAUGUUGGUGCUUAAGUGAGGGUGGGGGACAGACAGUAUGUGACUCCAUGAUGCAUCAGGGCUAUGCAGUAGUGAGAGGUCGUUCUGCGAACGGCUAUUUUUUUUAAUUGAUCUUUUUGGUGAACCCGAAUCGCACCUUUAUCAAAGGACAGGGUAUUUUGCAUUAGACAAAGUGGGAGAGAUGACUGUCAUGGAAAAUAAAUACAUACACACACACACCCCUUGGGUGGAAUAUCACAUUCUGUUUAGUUUUUCCAUUUACCAUGAAACUACACUUGUUGCCUCCUGACACUUGCACGCACCACACACACACACACUUUCUAUAGCGUCACUCCUACUCCGGUUAUGUGACAGAGUUGAGGCGCUAGUAUGGUAUCAGACUCUGCAGCAAUGUAUCGUGGGACUAUAAAAAGACCCUUGGGAUUUGGAGAGGAAGAUAUAGAAAGAAGAGCGCAGACAUCUGAUGACACUGAGAAAUAUUCCACAUCAAACACACAUGUUCACUUCUGCUCAAAAACACUUACACACACACACACACACCCAUUCUCACACGCUUACAAACUCAUUUAGGCUGCCCAUAUACAGUCACUUUGACAUACUCACAAAGUACAUUAGUCACAGGUUCUCAAACACUCAUCCUCACAUGCCCUCUGACAGUUGGAACAGGCCUGGGCAGUAGAGGGUUAACUGUUGCAGGGUAGUGUUAUCACUGUGCAUGACAUCACUCAGGGCAGGCUCUGCAGAGGAGAGAUAAGCGCUGGGUUCCAUUGUCCUUCACGUCACUAGCCCCCCUAGUAUCAUCUCAUACACAUAGAUCCUUCAUUAGGGCCUGUCUUUAUGCUUCAUAGAACCUUUUCUCCAGUGCCAACCAAGGAUGUUUUGUUGUGUAAAUAUUACAGAAAGGCUGGGAUUUUCUUGUUUUGUGCUGCCAUAUUUUCAUGUUUAUAUCCAAUGGGAUGAUGUAUAUUCAUCUCAAUCCCCCUCCCUAUCUCGCUCCAUCUUCCAAUCCCUCCCUCUCUCUUUCUGGUUUAUGUGUCAGCUCCUGCAGUUGUGAUGUUUUACUCUUCCUGUCUUGAAACCACCAAUCUGCAGUAAGAGCUGCAGUACACAUGGGGGUUUAUUGGGUAGAGCAGGGACCAACACAUGCACUCAGGGGUGGCCCCAGGACCGAGUUUGGGAAACCCUGGGAUAGAGGUAGGGGGUGCGUUCAUGUUUGGGGAACACAUAAAUUAUCCCUGGACUAAGAAACGGUGUGUAUACAGUUAUCUAUGAAAGUGUUCUGGAGACCACCACCCUCCUCCACACCACUCUGUCAAUCCCUCCCCUUUUUCAUUUGUUAGUGUGUUUAGAUUAUUGCCUUCAAUUGAACUAUAUAAAAAGGCAAGUCAGACCUGAAAGGUCUUCUCUGAGAGGCUGUGUACGCAAAGUGCCUCACUUGAUGGAACUUUUGUAUCUCUAUGAAAUAAUAGAAUAUCACACUGUUGGGUGAAUAUGUCUUCAUUUCUGGUGUGUUGUCAUGGUUGUAUUUGAGUUUAUACAGUGUAUCUUUGCUGUGAUAUUGGGUUACCUUGAAAUGUUGUAGCACUGUAUGCGUAUGAGUUGACUUGUGAUCCUGGGUGGGUUUAGUAUUUGCUUAAUAAAGUUUGGACUGAGUGUCAUACAUUUGAGCCUCCUGUGGUGUUUGUGUAUCUCUUUGCUUCUUGGGUUCAUUCUCACAUUUUUAUUACUUUUUUAUUUAUUUAACAUAUACAUUUGAAGUACUUAGACACUGUUUUUGUUGCCACUCAAUGAUCUCUGCUGUGUCCUUGCUCCCCCCCAACCUGCUCUCUCUCUCUCUGCUCCCUCCAUAGGAAUGCCUGUGUUUUGUUUGCAUCUCUCUUUACAGAGUGUAUUUGGCUGGAGGCAGGACCUAGUGGGUGUGGUGUCAGUCAGCUUUGAGGAAGAUGAAGAGGGCAACCUAUGCCUCAUUGCCUAUCCCCUCCACAAUGAACCAGAGAACCUGGAAAACAAGGACCCCUCAGCCGACUGCGAGCCCAAGAGCAAGAUGAUCAAAUGGGGUAACAAGAAGACAUCGUCCCUACUGCUGGAGAAUGACAAAUACAGCAAAGACCGGGCCAGACAGAGCACUAAAGAGAACAAGAGCAAAAGUUAUAACGGUGCGGAGGCACAGCAGCAGGCUGAGGUUCUCUGCUACAGUCUGGAUCAGAAGCAAAUUAAACACAACCCCUGGAGUCUGAAAUGCCACCAGCAGCACCUCCAGAGGAUGAAGGAGAACUCCAAACACCGCAACCAAUACAAAUUCAUCCUGUUGGAGAACCUGACGUGGCGUCACGCGGUGCCGUGCGUGCUGGACCUGAAGAUGGGCACGCGGCAGCAUGGUGACGAUGCGUCAGAGGAGAAGAAGGCCAAUCAGAUUCGCAAAUGUCAACAGAGCACCUCCGCCUCCAUCGGUGUCCGCCUUUGUGGCAUGCAGGUGUACCAGUCAGACUCAGGCCAGCUGAUGUUCAUGAACAAGUACCAUGGGCGUAAGCUGAGCCUGCCGGGCUUCAAGGAGGCCCUGUUCCAGUUCUUCCACGAUGGGCAGCGUCUGCGGCACGAGCUGCUCUCCCCGGUGCUGUGGAAGCUCAGGGAGAUGCAGGAAACCCUGGAGUCCUGCGAGUCUUACCGCUUCUACUCCUCCUCCCUCCUCAUCAUCUAUGAUGGGGAGCCCCCCCGCACCUGUGCCCCCACCCGACCCCGCCACCGCGGAGGAGAGGAGGGUGACGAUGACGAGCCCUCAGAUGAGGAAGAGGAGGAAGAGAAAGAAGGUGCAUUUGGGUUCCCCCGUGGAUCGCCAGCUGGCAGCAGUGCUGGUGGGAGCAGUAACGGCAGCAGUAAGGGAAGCGCUGGUCGCUCAUCCCGCGGUGGAGGAGGGGAGGCCAGCAGCCCGGUGGUGGAUGUGAGGAUGAUAGAUUUUGCCCACACGACGUGCCGCCAUUACGGGGAGGACAGUGUGGUGCAUGAGGGUCAGGACAGCGGCUACAUCUUCGGCCUGCAGAACCUCAUCACUAUCAUCUCCCAGCUGGAGGAGCACAGCGCCGACUAAAGACUGAGCCUCCACUCUGGAAAACUCUAAUCCAACCUGGGAAUAACAGCGCUGAGCUGUAGCCUUGGUCUGCCCUCCUCCGCCACUGGCCUGGUCCUAUUGGCCACGACACAGCCAGGGGUCUGACCCCCCCACCUACUGUAGUGGAGAUACAGGGAGCUCCAGGGUUGGUGAUGGGGUCGGUCCCGUACCCCCCCGAACCAACACGGGACAGGACUGCUUGUGCACUCGUUUGCAACUUGUCUCUGUGACUGUUCUUCCUCUUUCUUCCUCUUUAUUUUCUAUGUAAUGGAAGUGAUAGUGUCUGAGACUGGUAUAUUAACAGGCUCAGGGACUCAUGUAGCAUCCUGUCCUCCUGUCAUCCUGUCCUCCUCUCUGCUCCUCUGUUAGACUGUUUUCUUUACUGUAUGGUCACUCAGAGAGGGACCAAAAGCUGAAGUGUAGUUCUGGAGGUUGUACUUGAUGCUUUUAGACUGUAUGGUGAUGUGAAGUGUUUGUGGAUGGCGUUUGGACUGCUGUUCCCCCAACAGCACAGCACACACGAGUGGGGGUUGCUUCUGUACAGGCUGAAUGAGGCUAGUUGCUCGGUCAGUUGGCAACUCCUCACUCUCCUAUAGCCGAUUUUUGUAUUUCUUCUGGUGUUUCUGCAGACCCCAGCAACGAACAGAAAUUUGUUAUACUUUUGGCCGUCUGGAUUUACAAAAAUAACAACGCAUGGAAGGAGAAUAAGAUUUGGGUGAAGAAAAAUGGAUUUCUACCUUUUGUCAACAAUAACACCCCCCGUACUGUUUAAUCACUAAAUCAAAGACAUUUAAAGUGGGGGUUUAUAAGGGAAUAACAUCAUUACUUUGUCAUUUUCUUUGUUUUUGUCUGAUUUGCUCCUCUUCAUUCCUGAAAUGGUGACUGAACACAAUAAUAUAUUGAUAAGGACAAUAAAUACAAAGACUAUAGACUUUAUUUAUUUGUCAUAUUUCUUCAAAAUAAACAAAGAAAUUUAAACAAAAUGGAGCAAUGAUGACCACAUUCCAUAUUACUGUUCUGAUAAUGACUAGUGAAUGUUGUUUUUUGCAAGAUACCUCUCUUGUAGACCUGUGUGUCACUAGUAUGUUGGAAGAAAAAUAAAGACAUUUGUGGUAAAAGCA